AUCGCACCUCGUCCAGAAACAGCCUGUGACUCCGACAAGACUAACGGGGAGAGAACUAAGCCAACGCAAGAACCCCAAUCUCCAGCCAUGGACCAGCACACGGAGGACAACGACGAUGCGCUGCUCCUCCCUCCCAGUGAGGCCCCCAGGGAGCGCAGGUCCCAGACAGGACCGCAGAAAGGCUCCCAGACGGAGAGGCCGGCCGAGUGUGAGAGCCCGCCGAGGGCUAAGGAAUCGCGAAGACCCCUGUCUGCGAAGAGGAGCGGCGGGACGGCGGGCCACAAGGGCUCCCAGAACGACUUGAAAGUGUCCACGAGCAUGUUUGUUGGGGAGCGGUCGGGGAAGUUCACAGAUUUCUACAGACUGGGGAAGAAACUGGGUAGACAAGACAUCAAAAGACGCACAGGAGAUUUGGGUGUUCUGCUAUCGGUGUUGCUGGUUGCAGGUGAGGGUGCGUAUGGUUCUGUAUGGACGGCCAUGCAGAUCAGCACGAGACGGCAUGUGGCUGUCAAGAUGAUCGUCAAGAGCAAGCUGGAGGAGAUGGAGGUCGAGGCGGGCGAGAAGUCCACCAUGCUCAAGGAGAUCGACAUCCUCAAGCAGCUCGACCACCCCAACAUCAUGAAGGUCUACGAGAUAUUCGAAGACCCCGAAAACUACUUCCUCGUCUCAGAGCUGUACACGGGAGGUGAGGUGCGAUUGUUCAUUCGCAUUGGGAGCAUGAGAGUAGCAUCUGUGUAUGUGUUUGUGGGUGCCGCACAGGUGAUUUGUUUGAGAAGUUGGAGGAUUGUGAGUACUUGAGUGAGCUGGAGACGGGCAAGAUCAUGUUUCAGCUGCUUUCUGCUCUCAACUACUGCCACAAACACCACAUCAUGCACAGAGACAUCAAACCUGGUCAGCAGACAAGAAGGAGACACGCAUCUUGUUUCUCUGUCACAUGUCAAUCGUUCUUUCUGGGUGGGCAGAAAACAUUUUGCUUGCUUCUAAUGCGCCCGAUGCGCCCAUCAAGGUGAUCGAUUUCGGUACCGCACGCACCUACUCCCCAAACAAGAAAACCACCAUGGCCAUCGGGACGCCAUGCUACCUGGUCAGCCACAGACAGAGACACAUGUACACACACACCACAUCGGAAGUGGGCCAUCUGGCAUGCAUCUCUCUCGUGUAUGUCCAUGUGUGUGCGCCCCCCAGGCCCCCGAGGUGCUCACAGGUCAUUAUGACGAGCGGUGUGACGUGUGGUCGGCUGGCGUCAUCAUGUACACGCUGCUCGCGGGUACACCGCACGUACGGGCUGGCCUGCUGCCUCCCGCUCUUCUCUGACGGCCGCGUGUCUCCUCCCACCACAGGUUGUCCCCCUUUCCAGGGCGACGACGAUUUUUCCAUCCUCAAAAAAGUGGCAGUUGGCAAGGUAAGGUCAGCGAGAUAGAGAGAGACACGGAACUGGCAGCUGACGACAGAUGGCGAAAUCGAUGUGUUGUUUGUUUGUUUGUCAUUCAUGUACAUCAGUUUGACAUGAAGGGUCCGCGAUGGAAGGAGAUCUCUGAUGACGCCAAGGACCUCAUCGUCAAGCUGUUGCAGAAGAAACCCGACAAGAGACUCACUGCAAAAGAGGUGACGACAGAGAAUCUGCUUUGCCAUACCUACCUGCCUUGGCUUACUUUAGGUAUGUGUGUGGGUUGUGCGCACAAACACAGGCGUUGGACCAUCCCUUCAUUCAGCGUCACUUGGAGAUGAUAGAGGCGUCGAAUCCCGAGAUGUACCGCAACUUCAAGCAGAUGGAAUCCUACAGGUCCAUACUGCGUGUCAAGACGUACAUACCACACCAUGUGCUAGAGCAUUGCAUCCCACCGCACUUCCUAGCCGAGAGGGAAAUGAGACGCGGCAGCGUCUGACUGACACAGAGAGACAGUGAGCGAACCGACUUUUGCCGAGUGGUUGCCAUUUGCUGGGAUGAGCUUGCUUGGUCUUGUCUCAUGUGGGUGAGGGUUUUGCUGGGCUGAUCGGCGUUUCGGGGUCUCUUGUCGGCUGCUCAUUUUGUGGGAAGGGGCGACCAGCAGCAUCAGCAGCAGGCAGCCUUGUUCGUUUUCUGUGUCAGUAUUGUCUGUAUACAUGCGUGUCCGCGUGUCUGUAUCAAUCAAUCAAUCAUCAUUGUGUGGGACAGAUCCUUGGUUCGUUCGUUGUGUAUACACGUGAACGCUCUAUAUAUCCUUGGCUCUCUCUCACCCCUGCCUUCGCUGUCCUUGCGUGUGCAGGGGAGGCAACAAGCUCGAAAGCGCCGCAUUCACACUCAUAACCUCCCAACUGGUCGGACCAAGUACGCAAACAUACGAGACACGACACGCAAGACACUAAGAGCAAGGGAGAAAGGCAAAGGUGACUAUAUGGAUAAGUGGGCUUGGACGCCACGCCUGUCUGUGUUGCAUACCAUACAUGCAGAUGACGAUGAGACCCACAAACUGACGAAGCUCUUCCGUUCACUCGGUAGAUCUGAUCAUAACAUCUGUACAGGACGUAUCUGUCUUUCGAUCCACCAGAUAAGAAUGGCGACGGUGUCCUCACGCACGACGAGCUGUACGAGGCCUUCCUCGAGGUAAAGUGGAUGCACGACAAAACAUGGCUUGCGACGGCGCGGCUAGGGAGCUUGCUUGCAUCUGUUUCGGCUGUGUCUGCAGAUAUACGGAGACCCCCUCCAGGCCCGUCGGAGAGUCGAGUGAGACAGAGACAGAUAAGGCGAGAAAAAUGUGAUGCAAAUCAUGUCCUCUGCCUUUGUUUCUCGUGCUUCAGGUCUGUCCUGGCUGAGUGCGACCAGUCCAACUCCGGCAAUCUGUCGUGGACUGAGUUUCUGGUCGCCAGCAUGAAUCGGGAGGCCCUGUUGUCCGAAGAGAGACUCAAAGGUGCCUUUCUGACACUGUCGGGCAACAAGGACAUCAUCGAUGCCUCAGAUCUGAAGCAUCUCUUCGCUACUGAGAACAACAUCAUCGAUGAAGAUCGUUGGGCGGAGCUGCUGAACGAUGUCGACUGGAACGAAGAUGGAAAGGUGAGACAUAAGCUCCAUGCUAAAACAAGAGUGCCAUUUGCUCGCGAUUGUCAUCAGAUCGACUUUGAGGGCUUUACACAAAUCCUAUUCUGUGCCGUCCAUCGUCCGAACAGCUGCAUGUCGUCACGCAGAGGGUCAAUUAUCUUGGAGAAGAUUCUGUCUCCGCGUGGAAGCAUCAUGGACUUAAGUGACGAAGUCAGGAAAGCCUUCGACAGCAUGGAUGGGGACAAGAAGGGUGCUGGGCGCAGGGCGACUUUCAAGAAAGGGGCUCCUGCUCAGUAGCAGGGAGGAAGAGAAGAUAAAUAUCCGUAGACAGUAGAGCGUAGAGUAGCUUCAUGUUUAUUGGGGAUUUUAUCAAUAUCAUCGAGCAGUGCCUUGUUUUACAUGUUUAAAGUGUUUCCCGUGAGAGAGCAGAACUGCACUUUCUCUGUGUGCUGCCCUGUUCGUGUUGCAGUCAUUUUGUGGGGAGAGGGCAGGCGGCCUUGUGCCUCGCCUGAUCGUUUGUGCCUCUUGCCGCUUUGGCAAGUAGCAGUUUGUUUGGUAGUCAUGCAUCCGUAGCGCUCAUGCGUGUAUGCAGUCUGGGUUUUGGUGGCCAAAAGAUGCCUGUUUGUCUGUAUGUCGAGGGCAGAGAGACAUGCACAUAGAAGUAUUGACACGAAAAGGGGGUUCAGACGAGUCGACGACGAGACACGACAAUGCACAAGCAC